CCCGACCUUGGAAUUCUUUGACAGGUUCUCGUCCACUCACUCGCCCAGGCCGCUACUACGCAGUCUACGCUCCAUGGGGAAGCGUCUGCAGAUACAGGAUCGCCCAGAGCAGGAUGGGGUCCAUUUGAUUACCUGCAGCCGACCCGCUCCACUCCUCUCCUCUACGAAGUUGUUGCAUCCCGUGGCCCUAUCCAGGAGGCGGAGUGCGAACUGCCCCUUAAUAGCACAUAAUAACUUAUGACGCCGCGGGCCACUCAUGUUCCUCGUCGUAUGGUCGGAUAAGUUCCAUUCAUUUCAUUCGCUGUGGUUGCAACUCAGGUCUGCGCUGUUCCACGUCCUGUCGUCUACCGGCUGCCUCUGCCUGGAAGACUACUGGAAGACUUCGAUCACGGUGAUUUCCGGGGCAUUGGUUGACACUCAAGACGUGCAUGCAUCAGGGGCCGGGGCAGCUUGUCUCUCGAUGACGAUGUGCCCCCAUUGUUCUCUCAAUACGCCACAGUCGACACCUCUUCCUCAUGACAAACAUCUCGCGGUGAUAGAUGCACUUUUUCUUCUUCCUCCAUUGUUCCUUUUUUGUUUUAUUUUCUGGCCGUGUGAAGCCGGCUGUAUAUAGUCCGGCUUGAUCGAGGACAUGACAUCCCAAAGAACCUCUCUCAAGCUAUCCAAUUCCAGAAAAUGUACGUUGUCUCUGCUAAUUAC